GGAGGAUUCGCAGGCCCGGAUCGAUCGACUCGCUAGGGAUAUCACCAAUCAUAUCAUCGCGACUCGGGUCCCUGCGAUGGAUUCAAACAUCGACGGCUUGGUGCAGCGACAAUUUGCUUCGGAUCAGAUGACCUCCCAGAACUUCGACGCGAUGAAGCGGCAGCUUGAGAGGGUGAACAGCCUCUCGGUAAAGGGCGUAACUAUGAUCGACACUACCAAUGAAUCUAUCACGAGGCUCCAGCAUUGGAUCACGAAGAACGAGCAACUGCAGAGUAGAAGGCAAUGUAUGCACGCGCUGUAUUUUCCGCAGCUACGGAGCCGCGAGGAUGCCGUGAGAGAAGCGCACAAGAAGACCUUUGGCUGGAUAUUUGAGGAUCGUGCCAACGAUAUUACGCGUCAUCAUGAGCCUCGGUUUCGCAAUUGGUUGCAGUUGGAACGAACCGGACAAGAAUGUUUUCUGGGUUUCCGGCAAGCCUGGCGCUGGAAAGAGUACCCUGAUGAAGUUUCUAGCCCACCAUCCACGGCUGAGGGAGCAUCUGCAACUAUGGGUUGGAACACGAUCUUUGCUGGUUAUCGACUACUACUUUUGGAGAUUAGGAUCAACCGCAUUGCAAAGGUCAUUGAAUGGGUUACUCCGGUCGCUCCUAUAUCAAGUGUUUAGAGCAUAUCCGGAUCUGAUCGACCAAGCCUUCCCAAAUCAGGACUGGAUGACCGGAGGCCCGCAAUACGAAUUUCCACAGGACGCUCUUCGUGAGGCUUUGAGAAUUGUCCUCCAGAAAGCAACUGAGAAUGACUUCCGCUUGCUGUUUUUCAUUGACGGCCUCGACGAGUUCGGCGAUCGCAGCGAGCUCGAUGACCUUAACAACCCUGAUGACCAGGGCCUCUACGCAAGGAACCUCAUCGACAUCCUCCGUAUCUUCUAUGACUCGCCCGCAGUAAAGCUAUGUGUCUCAAGCCGUCCCCUGAACGCCUUCAAAAUUCAGUUCGGGCAAACCCAUGAGCGGUGUUUCCACCUCCAUGAGCUGACCAAAGACGACAUAAAGGCGUACAUACAUGAGACGUUAGGCCAAAACGAGACAUACAGACGGCUUGCUAGCAAAGAUCCGGAAUACGCCGCACUGGUUGCCGAAAUGAUAGAAGCCGCACAAGGCGUGUUUCUUUGGGUAUACUUGGCAUCAAACUCGCUCCUAGAGGGAAUCACGAAUGCAGAUCGAAUCUGGGACCUACGGAAACGCUUGCGAGAUCUGCCUCAUAGCCUAGGUGCUAUGUAUGCGCGCAUCCUGUCCACGAUCGAGCCCCGUUAUAGGCGUAUCGCCGCUCGGACGCUCCUACUUGUGUCUUUGCGGAAGCAGGGGUGUCAUGUCAUGCAUUACCUCUGCCUGGAUGAUGCAUCGAGAGAAUGGAGCGUCGAUGAUCUUUUGAGACUGGAAGAGCAAUUACCUAAUUGGGUCAAUGCACGAUGCAAAUGCUUACUGGAGGUGUCUGACACUAAACGAGCAGUCACGCAAGAGAUAAACAAUGAUCAUGCGCGGCGUAUUGUCCGUCUUUACAGCGAAUUGCUGCAACCCAUCCACCGAACUGUCGUGGAGUACCUGAACGAACAGACCGUCCAGAGAGAGCUUCGUGUCCAGGCUAAGCUCUCAACCAGCAUAGACGAACUCAUGGCCAAAACCAGCUUGGCGUCAAUCCGCACUCUCGUCCUCAUUCUCGAACAGCUACCGCAUCUUUAUGAUCCUACCGACGAACAGAAGGAGCCCAAGUGGGCCAAAACAUCCCUCUCCUUGUUGGAGGAGGUCGCAAGGUUUGGUUCUUGGACGGAGGAUCUGGAGCCCGGAUAUGCUUCCAAGCACUGGACAGAGCUGGAGCUCAUCACUCGUGGAUCUGUCAUUCAUGGUGAACCAUUACUUUCCUUCUUGGUACGGAGUAAGCUCCUCCUCGUCAUAUUCGAAUGCCAUCCUUCACCAAACCUAAGGAUAAUCGACCUUGCUAUUGUCCACAACGCGUCCAAACUGGUCAAGCACGAGCUCGACCGAGCACCGGCACUCAUUGCCACUGUUCCCGGGGGCCUUCCCCCGCUUUACCUUGCUUUAAUGAAGGCCUGUUGGAGCCCAGAGAAGGGGAACCUCAUACCACCCACAGUAGAGCUACUUCUCGAACGCGGCGCCGAUCCUAACGAACCUUGUGCCGGGUCCACACCCUGGAAGGCCUUUCUCAUGCUCCAGGUUUGCUUUGACACAGUUUUAGGGAAGAGGUGGAACAAAACCGGGCCAUUAGUCUGGGACUUUCUAAAGCAUGGAGCUGAUCUCACCGUCUCAUGCCACCUGAGCGCCACAGGAAUAUCACAUCCACACGACCCCGCAAGGAUCGUCCCUGCGGAUGGGUCCAUUAGGGUACUGCUUUCAGAUCACCAUGAGAAGUAUGGAAUUAAAAACUUUUCGUUAUCGGCGGCGGCUAUAGUUCGCUAUGUGAUGGAAGAGCCGGAGGUUGCCAGCUCCAGUGCCGCAUAUUUGAUACCUCCGGUGGCGGAGGAAGAUUCGGUCGCAGCUGUUCUGAGAAGGAUCGCAAGAGAGAUAAGCGUGACGGAAGGCGUGUUGGAUCCCCACAAUAGAGAAUAACGCGCUGUUUAUUCAAGGGGUGCUGUUAGACGUGCAAUGUAGCUCGAGUGCGAUAAUUUCAUUUUGCGGACUAUUCCUCGGGAUCAAAGGGUGGUGGGCACGGACAAAUCCCAGUGCCAUUCCAUUCUCCUAAGAGCUUAUCAUGCACUGCACCAGCUAUGGCACAAGCAUGCUUUCAUCUUC